AACACGGACUUAUUACGGAGUUAUACAGUUACUGUUUGUUACUGUUUGUUACUGAGCGAGGAAACUUGACCAAACCCGAGUUUAAGGUUUCCUGAAUUAUUUGACAUAUCAGGCCUAAAAAUCACAACCAUGUGGCCAAAUCAAGGACCUCCCCCUUCACUGGGCCCAUCAAACCCGGCCUACCCUCCUGGGUACAACCCUGCAUAUCCUACUUAUCCUGCAUAUCCUGGACCUUCCCCAGCAUUUUAUCCUCAACCUUCGAAUCCAGCGUACCCACCUGGCCACUACCCAGCAGCGAUGAGCCCAGCUCUAGUUCCACAUGCACCUCCAGCUGUGACGCCUUAUCGAGCUCCACAACCUCAUCCUUAUCCUAUGGCUCCAGGUGGAUAUCCAGUUGUCCCCCCUGCAGGUGUUCACCCAUGUGGAUACCCACACUCACGUCACCCUGGUCCGUAUCAGCACUAUCCAAAGUAUGGUCACCACAAAGUUCACCACAAAGGUUACUAUCAUGGAGGGAUGAAGCCCAUGUCUGGAGCGUUAACUGGAGGAUUGACAGCAAUGGUAAUGGGAGUGGCUUCACACAAGGCUAACAAAAAGAUGAGGAAGAAGAUGAAGAAAGCACAUAAGUGGAACAAGCAUGGGCUCCACUACUGCAAGUCCUCCAGCAGCAGCAGCAGCAGCGACUCAGACUGAGCCCAAACACGUGCAACGAAAUUCGGAAAUGUCUUAUUCUACUAUUUUGUGGUGUUUACAUCAAACAGUCUGUCUGAAGUCAUUGUCUCUCAGAAGUAAAACGCACAUCAAUAGUCACGUGUGUCUAGAGGAUGUAUCAAGAGGACAAGGUGAUCGUGUUUCUUCUCCUUUUGAAUUGUCAUAGCUGAAAAACUAGUGUAACCAGUGGAUUUAUUACUGUUACUUUUUUUACACUUUACACUUUACUCUCACCAAGGCUUUUAUUGAAUUACAAUUCAAUUUUAUUUGUAUAGUGCCAAGUUUCACUGUUUUUGUCUAGUUAAUCAGAGAUUAUGCAAAAUAAAAGCUUCAGUUCUGAAAACUGAUCUGGUCAAAAAAAAGGUUGUGGAAAUACUGUAUCUCAAAGUGUUUGAAGGUCAAUAACAGUCAACAGUGGAUCUUAACUGGGCUGUGGGCGCCCUCUGCUGUUAGAGGAGAAGAUUACACGGCAUGUUUCCCCAUUUUCUAAUUGUCAUAGGGUUUUUUCGAUUUAUAGCUAAAAGUCCACAAUAUACAAGCAUAAUAUUAUUAUGACAUGGGGCAGAAUAUGCUUUAUAAGGGAAGGAUUAACUACAUUUUCCACUGCAAGGGAGGUGAUUUCAGAGGGAAUAAAGGAUUUUUGGUCUGAUGGCAGUAAGUGAUGGACGAGGUGAGAUGGGUCCUCUGUGAGAGUGCUGAUAAAGUUCUGAGAGUGGUGAACAAAUCAUUUUGCUGGUCUGAUCAACUACGCGGGAGAAUUUGGUUUUGAACUCUGUAACUAAACCAGAGCUAAAACAUGUGUCUGCUGACAUUGAAAGUCCUCAGUUUCCACAGCAGGUGGAGGCGCUUUAUUGUGCGUUUGUAUGGUGAACAGAGUCAAAAUGCAAUACAAGCGAUGGUAAAAAUUUCUCUCUGCUCCCAUAGCACAUAGGUCUUUGUGCUAUUUAGCUCUGGAGAGUUUUGAUUACAUCUGAAUAUUUUAAAAAUGUUAUUUGAUUUCCAUAAUUCCAGUAUAAUUUUGACGGUCAUAAGCUCAGGGUAAAUUAAAAUCUUAAAUUUGAUUUAUUUUUGGCCCGGUUGCCACUGUUAACGUACGUAUCCUUUAACAGUGGGCAUGGCUUUUGUGGCAUCUUCUCCAUCCUCUCCCUGCACUGACUUCAGUACGGAAGACAGUAUUCAUAAAGCACGAUUCUCUAAAUCCUUCCCUAACAUUAACAGUUUCACAGUUGAAUUCAACUUGUACAUAGAUACUUUAUCCUUUAUAUCAAACAAAAAAAGCACAUUACUGUAUUUCGAUGAGUUACUCUCCGUAGCCCCUAUUUAAGACAUUAUGGCUUUUCUUUUUGUAUGUUUAUUUGUUUAUUUUAUGUUUUUUAUUUGGUGUAUAUGUGAUUUGUAUUACUUGUUUCAUGUAUUACUGACAUGCACUUUGUAUUAAUCUGUAUAUACUAAUUUCUGUAUAUCCUUAUGGCUAAAUAUCUGUAUGUUCCUAUUCUUGAAUAAAAAAGAAAAUGAAGAAAAACA